AUGCAUGGGGUGCUACUGGUACAGGCACACGGAGAUCAAGCUGUGCCGGAAGAAAAGAUAAUACUUGGAGUAGAGGGUCAAGAAUUGGUUUAUCCUAAAAGGCUUCCUCUGAUACAGAAGCGAGAUGUUUGGCACACCCAUGAUUAUGACACACAGGAAACUUAUGAAGAAGAAUUAUUGUAUGAAAUAAAUCUAAGUAGAAAAACCUUAACACUUCACCUCUUAAGAUCAAGGGAGUUUUUAGGCUCAAAUUACAGUGAAACAUACUACUCCACAAAAGGAGAGGAGAUCACCAGACAUCCUCAGAUCAUGGAUCACUGUUUUUACCAAGGAUCCAUCAUACACGAAUUUGAUUCUGCUGCCAGUAUCAGCACAUGUAAUGGUUUGAGGGGGUUUUUCAGGGUACGUGAUGAAAGGUACCUCAUUGAACCAGUGAAAUACUCAGAUGAGGGAGAACAUUUGGUGUUCAAAUAUAACCUGAAGGUGGAGUAUGCUGCCAAUUAUUCUUGUACAGAGCUCAAUUUUACCAGGACAACUGUUCCAAACAAUAACACUAAACCCAUGGACAACUCCAAAAAGGAAAUCCCGCAUAAAGAAAAGUAUGUUGAACUGUUCAUUGUUGCUGAUGAUGCGGUGUAUCGUAGGAAUAAUUAUCCUCACAGUAAGUUGCGGAACCGAAUUUGGGGAAUGGUCAAUUUUGUCAACAUGAUUUAUAAAACUUUGGACAUUCAUGUUACAUUGGUUGGCCUUGAAAUGUGGACAAAUGGAGAUAAAAUAGAAGUAGAUUCAAAUAUAGAAACUACUUUAUUGCAUUUUUCAGCUUGGCAAGAAACAAUCCUUAAAAACAGGAGGAAUUUUGAUCAUGUUUUGUUACUCAGUGGGAAGUGGCUGUACACACAUGCACAAGGAACUUCUUAUCCAGGGGGUAUGUGCCUGCCCUUUUAUUCCUCCAGUGUCAUUAAGGAUCUUCUACCUGACCUAAAUGUGGUUGCGAACAGAAUGGCACAUCAGCUGGGGCAUAACCUUGGACUGCAGCAUGAUAAUUAUCCAUGUACCUGUACUUUGGGAAGAUGUGUGAUGGACAGUGAUGGGAGCAUUCCUGCACUGAAGUUCAGCAAAUGCAACAGAAUCCAGUACAUGCAGUUCCUGAAAGAUUAUAAGCCAACGUGUAUAUCCAAUGUUCCAUUUCCUGAUAAGCUAAAUCAUCCCCCGUAUUGUGGAAACAAGAAGUUGGAUGAGGGAGAAGAGUGUGACUGUGGCCCUGUUCAGGAGUGCAGUAAUCCUUGCUGUGAUGCAAACAAAUGUGUGUUGAAGCCAGGAUUUACUUGUGCAGAAGGAGAAUGUUGUGAAUCUUGUCAGAUGAAAAAAGUAGGGUCUGUAUGCAGACCAGCAAAAGAUGAAUGUGAUUUUCCUGAAAUGUGUACUGGCCACUCUUCAGGGUGUCCCAAGGACCAAUUUCAAGUAAAUGGAUUUCCAUGCAAGAAUGCAAAAGGCUACUGCUUCAUGGGGAAAUGUCCCACCCGGGAUAACCAGUGCUCUGAAUUAUUUAAUGAUGAGGCAAAAGACAGUUCUGAUAUCUGCUACACGAUGAAUAAAAAAGGAAAUAGAUUUGGAUACUGCAAAAAUAAGGACAACCAAUUAAUUCCCUGUGAAGAGAAAGAUGUCAAAUGUGGAAAGAUAUACUGCACCGGAGGGCAGCACUCUUCUGUCCCUGGAGAAGAGAAGAUCUAUCACUUUAAGAAGACUCCCCAGGAGAAUGUCACCACCGAAUGCAAAACCUUUGUUUUAUACCACAAUUCUAAAGAUCUGGGUCUGGUUGCUCCUGGAACAAAAUGUGGAGAUGGAAUGGUGUGCAGCAAUGGUGAAUGUGUGAAAAUUGAAAAGGUCUACAAUUCAACCAAUUGCUCCUCUCAUUGCAAUGAAAAUGUUGUGGGUGACAGUGAACUCGAGUGCCAGUGUCAGGAAGAGCAAGUACUUGUGCACUGGAAAGAAACACUAAAUGUUACCGGUAUCUCCAUCCUGGUUGUUAUACUUGUCCUGGUUAUUAUUGGUUUGGGGGCUCUCACAUUAUUAAUCCGUUCCCAAAAGUGUAUUAAACUAAAACGAGUUCAGAGCCCACCUAGAGAUACACUGGGAGUGGAGAAUAAAGGAUACUUUGGUGAUGAGCAGCACACAAGGACCGAACCAAUCUUACCUAAUAUUCAUCCCCUACAUAAAUGUGCGAGUAGAGAUCGAAGAGGACUCACAGAACCCAAUCAAAGUGCCACAAUGAGCUUGAACUUGGAUAUCCAAAAUGGCUGCGCAAGUCUAGGUUGAGGCUUCCGGAUCCAAAUAUUCACAACCUUCCCUCGAUAUUUGCCACACAAAUUUCUGGUAGAU